AUGAGAUUUGGAUACCACAGGGGGAUGGCGGUGGAAGUUCCAGCGGCAGAGCACGACCUUUGGCUCACCAUCGAUGACUACCCCUACGCCCAAGACGACCUCCUGAUCUGGUCCGCCAUCGAGCAGUGGGUGGUCGAUUAUGUUGGCCACUACUACCCCUUGCCGGCAGAUGUCGCCGCGGACUCCGAGCUCCAAUCGUGGUGGACAGAGGUGCGCACCAAGGGCCACACCGAUAAGCAACACGAGCUGUGGUGGCCGACGUUGAACAUGCUGGCGGAUCUCGUCCGUAUCCUGACCACCAUCAUUUGGGUGGCCUCCAGUCAUCACGCCGCCGUCAACUUCGGCCAGUACCAUUUCGGCGGGUACUUCCUCAACCGCCCCUCCAACACGCGCGCCAACAUGCUGGUGGAGGACGCCAAAGAGGACGACCUGGCGACGUUCCGGGCAAAAUCGGAGGCGGCUUUGCUGCGGAGCUUCUCGUCGAAGCUUCAAGCGACGCAGGUGAUGGUGAUCCUGGACGUGCUGUCGGCACACUCGUCGGACGAGGAGUACUUGGGAAAGGAUGCAGAGGCUGCGUGGAUGAAGAACUCGGUGGUGUAUGCGGCCUUCAAGCGCUUCAACGGCCAACUGAGGGAGAUUGAAGGGAUCAUCGACGUGAGGAACACCGACCCCAGUCUGAUGAACCGGUGCGGAGCCGGAAUCGUGCCGUACCAGUUACUGAAGCCGUUCUCCGAUCCGGGGGUCACCAGAAUGGGCGUGCCCAAUAGCAUCUCCAUCUGA